GCUCCCCUGGGCAACGGUACGUUGCAGCAAUCUGUGCCUAUUAAGAAACGCAAACUGUUAUGUGCAAUUAAAAUGAAAUUGCAGCUGAGCAAAAUCUAAGCAUUUAUUUUCGCAGGAACGUAGGAGCGCCUUUAGACCUUUCUCUGCUGCUGUGUGCCCUGGAAUCGGUUCUGAAUCAUAGCGACCCUAUAGGACGGAGGACAACUGCCCCAUAGGGUUUCAAAGGUUGUAAUCUUUAAGAAAGCAGAGUUUUUUCUCCCGAAGAGCUGCUGGUGGAUUUGAACCACCGACCUUUCAAUUAGUGACCUAGCGCUUAACCAUGUUAUUUAAAAUUUUAUCCUGCUUUAAACAAGGGGUCGAACGAAGUAUCAAUUAUGUGUUAUUUUACUGGACAGAGUAGAACUGCCCCAUAGACAUUCCAAGGAGCGGCUGGUGGAUUCGAACUGCCUAACUUUUGGUUAGUAGCAGAGCUCUUGAACACCAGUGCCACCAGGGCUCCCUUCCCAUCAGAGGCAAUCCUCUAAAUUGGAUUAUAAAGAAAAAAAAUCUCGCUAGGUGCUUGAUUAUAUAGUUACCAAGAAUGUCACAGACUCUAUAUGGGAAGGAAGGGAGUGUCACUUUUGUGCCUUUAAAUAAUAAAAAUUAUUUAAAUAAUUUCCAGAGAAAGAGAAGGGGAAAAUUGGCGCCCCUUUUGCAAGAAGGAAAAUCAACUGGACCAGCCCUGGCCGGGUUUCAAGAAAGUAGAUCUGGUGCGCAUGCGCGCUGCCGUUACCAUAACGACGAGAAGACGCUGCACCGGCAAGAAGACUAAGAAGAAAAGUGAGCGGUCCGGGGAUGGAUACCCAAACUUCGCCCGAGGCCGAGGUGGCCGAGCUGGAGCUUGAGGCGGUGAUCGGCUUCAAUGGACACGUGCCCAAUGGUCUGAAAUGCCAUCCUGACCAGGAGCAUCUGAUUUACCCUUUGGGCUGCACAGUCCUCAUUCAGUCGAUAAAUACUAACGAACAGAAUUUCCUGCACGGCCAUGGUAACAAUGUCUCCUGCGUGGCCGUCUCCAAGAGUGGAGUUUACCUUGCCUCUGGACAAGUCACCUUCAUGGGCUUUAAGGCAGAUAUCAUUUUGUGGGAUUAUAAGAAAAGGGAGCUGGUUGCUCGGCUGUCACUUCACAAGGGCAAAAUUGAGGCUCUGGCUUUUUCACCAAAUGAUUUGUACUUGGUGUCGCUAGGAGGACCAGAUGAUGGAAGUGUGGUGGUGUGGAGCAUAGCCAGGAGAGACGCCAUCUGUGGCAGCCCUGCCGCCGGCCUCAAUGUCGGCAACGCCACCACCGUGAUCUUCUCACACUGCCAGGAUGAGAUGUUUGUUACUGCUGGAAAUGGGACAAUUCGAGUAUGGGAACUGGAUCUCCCAAAUCGAAAAAUCUGGCCAACUGAGUGCCAAACGGGACAGAUGAAAAGAAUAGUGAUGAGUAUUACAAUGGCCGACGAUGAUAGCUUUUUCUACCUGGGCACCACAACUGGAGACAUUUUCAAAAUGAACCCCAGGACUAAACUGCUGACGGACACUGGCCCCUUGAAGGACAAAUUCAGCCUGGGGGUGUCAGCUGUCAAGUGCCUGAAGAUGGGGGGUCUGUUGUUGGGCUCUGGAGCUGGAUUGCUCGUCUUCUGUAAAAGCCCCAGCUACAAAGUCAUCAAGAAAAUCCAGCUACAAGGUGGCAUCACUUCCAUCACACUUCGAGGUGAAGGACACCAGUUUUUUGUAGGGACAGAAGAAUCGCACAUUUAUCGCAUCAACUUCACAGAUUUCAAAGAGACUCUCAUUGCUACUUGUCACUGUGAAGCUGUUCAGGAUAUUGUCUUUCCAUUUGGCACUGCUGAGCUAUUUGCUACCUGUGCCAAGAAAGACAUCAGAGUGUGGCACACGUUGUCCAACAGGGAGCUGCUGCGGAUCACUGUGCCCAACAUGACCUGCCACGGCAUUGAUUUCAUGAGAGAUGGGAAGAGCAUUGUUUCAGCGUGGGAUGACGGUAAAAUCCGAGCCUUUGCCCCAGAGACAGGCCGACUGAUGUAUGUCAUUAACAGCUCUCACAGGAUCGGAGUGACUGCCAUCGCUACCACCAGCGACUGUAAAAGGGUCAUCAGUGGCGGUGGGGAAGGAGAGGUGAGGGUAUGGCAGAUAGGCUGCCAGACCCAGAAGCUGGAAGAGGCCCUGAAGGAACACAAGUCCUCUGUGUCCUGCAUCAGAGUGAAGAAGAAUAACGAGGAGUGCGUCACAGCCAGCACAGAUGGGACUUGCAUCAUUUGGGAUCUUGUGCGUCUUAGGAGGAAUCAGAUGAUCCUGGCCAAUACCUUAUUCCAGUGCGUUUGCUAUCAUCCUGAAGAGUUUCAGAUCAUUACCAGUGGGACAGACAGAAAGAUUGCUUACUGGGAAGUAUUUGAUGGGUCGGUAAUCAGAGAGCUGGAAGGUUCCUUGUCUGGGUCAAUAAAUGGGAUGGAUAUCACAGUGGAAGGAGUGCAUUUUGUUACAGGUGGAAAUGACCACCUGGUGAAAGUCUGGGAUUAUAACGAGGGUGAAGUGACUCAUGUUGGAGUGGGACAUAGUGGCAACAUCACACGCAUCCGGAUAAGCCCAGGCAACCAGUACAUUGUCAGCGUAAGUGGCGACGGAGCCAUCCUGAGGUGGAAGUACCCCUAUGCCUCAUGA